UGCAGAAGUACCAUGGAGGAAUAAUAUGCUCCGUGGAAGUACCCUCCAUGUGCAGAACACUGGAAUGUUUGUACACCUGCUUAACUCCAGGAAUUGCCGCAUUUUCAACUCGUUAAUACUUGUCCAAGUAUACACAGAUCUAUCCUUCAGUACUCCGAUAAUGCCGAAGUCAAAAAAGUUUGUGGAGUCAAGUGAUGACAGCAGCGACUCGGAGCCAAAAUCAGAGAAAAAAGUAUCGAACAACUCAAAAAGAAAAACUUCAGAUGCGGAGGCAACCCAGAGCAAAAAGCCAAAGAAAGAAAACAAAAAGGAAGAAGACAAUGUAUGGGAUUUAGGAAAUAACCGGCAAGUUACGGUUAGAGAAUUCAAAGGAAAGAUAUUGAUUGAUAUACGAGAAAUGUAUUACGAUAAAGAAGGAGAAUUGAGGCCCGGUAAAAAAGGAAUCAGUUUGAACACGACCCAGUGGCGAAAAUUUGUGGAUGUAGUUGCAGACGUUGAUGAAGCUGUUAAAUCUGGGUGUUGAAAUAACCAGUGAUAUCUAAUAUUAAUAACAUAUGUUUUACUUCUGG